AUGGGUGCGGAAGAAGCGCGCUCUGACUCGGAGCCCGACAGCCCCGCGCCAGAAGCUCAAGCAGUCGCAAAAGAUAUCAACCACCAUGACCAUGACCAUGACGAAUUCGCUGUGCCAGACACACGCGUGUUGGCUGUCGCCAGCCAUGUCGUGUUUGGAUAUGUGGGGAAUACAAUGGCCACGUUCGUCAUGCAGUCGCUGGGCUGCGAGGUCGCUGCUCUGAACACUGUACAUUUCAGCAAUCAUACAGGCUACAGACACUUUCGAGGAACCCGAGCAACGGCGGAAGAAAUGCGCGAUAUCUACGAUGGUCUGAAACACAACUACCUCAACGAGUUCGACAUGAUGCUCUCCGGGUACGUUCCCGGCGCGGAGGCAGUCAUGACGGUUGGCGCAAUCGCAAGGGAUCUGCGAUUGAAGUUUUCCACGAAACCCGGUGGUUUUUUCUGGGUACUUGACCCAGUCAUGGGUGACCAAGGAAAGCUCUACGUGGGCAACGACGUCCUACCAGCGUACAAGAACAUUCUGCGCGACGCAGACCUAAUACUGCCCAACCAAUUCGAAGCAGAAAUCAUAUCCGGGAUCAAAAUCACCGACUUCAGCUCUCUGAAAGAAGCCAUUUCCGUGCUUCACUUCCAAUACAUGGUGCCGCAUGUAGUCGUGACGUCCAUUUCGUUUGACAGCUCUUCGCCCGUGCUGUCCGUCGUCGGGUCGACUCUGCGCUCGGAUCGGUCGCCGCGGAUAUUCCGCAUCGACGUUCCAGCAAUCGACUGUUUUUUCAGCGGCACCGGCGACAUGUUUGCGGCGCUGAUGGUCGUGCGGUUACGCGAGGCUGCCACGGCGGCAGGUCUGACGCAUAAAAAGUCCUGGAUCAGCCCGGAUGACGUCGAGCAGGUGGAGCUGCCGCUUGCGAAGGCGGCAGAAAAGGUGCUCUCGAGUAUGCAGUCCGUGUUGGAGAAGACAAAGAUUGCACGAGACAAGGAACUGGAAGAGCUCGGAGGCCCACUGGGUGCGCUCGAACGUGAAAAGGAUAGCGAAAAGCGGUUACAUUUGAGACAUACAAAGGCCGCGGAGAUCAGACUGGUACGAAACGUCAAAUAUCUGAGGGAACCCGAGGUGAAGGUUUCAGCCGUGCCAUUGGAUGUUUGA